UUCAGUGUUAUAAAUAUAUAUUAUCGAUUUUUAUCAUAACAUCAUAGUACAUAAUGGUACUAUCAUUGACAAAAUCAAGAAUAAGAUAAAUUUUUAGAUAGAAAUAAUGUUUUUUAAGUUUACAUACAAAUAUCAAGGUUUAAUUUGUACUCAAAUAUGCUAUCUCCAAACCCCUACUGUCCUCUUUCUUCAAAGCGUGAAAAACAGAUUGAUACUUUAAAAGUUUUUAAUGAAAAUGUUACAGAAAUUAAUCCAGGAAAAGAAUACUCUGUUGAAUUUAACACCAAAGCUGGAAAACUUAGAUUUCUUAUAGAAUUAAGUGCAGAUUUUCCAUUAAAUAAACCUGAAAUCACUGUUUCACCAUGCAUUAUUCAUAAAUGGGUAGAUAAUUCAGGAAAAAUUGUGAGAGCCCCUGGCCUUAUUAAUUACUCUAUUCACUCUGACUUAGGAAGAGUAGUUCAAGUAAUUAGACGUGAAUUUGAGUUAGAUCAAUCAUUAGAAUUAGCAAAUAAUACUAACAGUUUUUCAGUAAUUUCAAGCUUUUUGAAUGAUACAGUUACUACCCUUAGUAAUGAUAUGGAAUUUCGUAGUUUAACUAAUUUAACAUCAGCUGAACUAUUAAGACUAAAUAGUGAUGUUGACUGCCUAGAUGAAUUUAUUUCAGAGUUACCUUCAAUUGAAGCUUCCAAUAAAGCUAUAGAAAAUACUAUUACUAAAGUUAUGGAUCUUGCAAAUUCUAAUAUAUCAAAAGAAAAACCAAUAGAUAUCUUAAAAUUAGAAAUAUCAAAACAGUUGGAAAAAAUUGAAUUAUCACAAAAAUCGUAUUCUGAAUUAACUAUUAAGUAUGCUAAAUUGUCAGAGAAAUAUCUACCUAAAUCAAUAUCGAAUAAUUUAAAAGAAGCUGCAUUAAAAUGUGAUGAAGAGAGUGAACGAAUAGCUGAACAAUUUUUAUCUGGAAAAAUGGACUGUGAUAUGUUUUUACAAAUAUACUUAAAUUCAAGAACUUUGUCAUAUACUCGGAAAGCUAAAGAAGAGAGACUCAGUUAUCAAUUAAAACAACUUAAAGAUGCAGGUUUUUAAGUUCCUAUUGAACAGUUAAAGUAAAUGAGUUUAGCUUCAGUUACAUUAAUACAAGUUAAAUAUUAUAGUAAAUAUAUCUUAUUAGUGAUAAAUAAAUAUAAGUAGUGUUAUUUAGAAACUUUAAGCUAUCAUGUUAUUAUAAGUAA